GGAGGUUUCGUGCUCUGCGAUUCACCCUGGUUCAAGCAGGACUUGGGGCCAGGCGUGGGCUGAGGAGAUGGCCACAUCGCCCUGGCUUUGGGAGCAGAGAAACACUGCGGGGCGAAGGUACCGAGGAGGUACUGGGCAGGGAGUAGGCACCCAGAAUGGUUUGGAUGGUGCCCUUUGUCUGCCUGUGCUCAGGCCAGGGUCAUGGUGUGGGUCACCUGUCUGGAAGCACGCUGUCCCCGCAGCAGUCCUGGGCACCUCUGGCUCACAGCUCCCUGGGGGACCAUGACCUGGCAGGCUGAGAACGAUGUGGACCUGGAGCAGGCAUGGGAAGACAAGCGAGACGUUCAUGAAGGUGAGGGCAGAGGUGGGAAGGGGCGGUGGGACAGAUGCAGGGACCCCACGUCUUGGUGCUGCUGGGGGAAGCCAGCGCACUUACCCCACCUGUCAGCCCCAGCACCCCCCCAGGCCAGUCCUGCCUCCUCCCGUGCUGCCAGCGUGCGAAGGCUCUGGGCACGGGCUCCUUGCACCCCAGGUGCCUGUACUUGGCACAGGCAGAGGAGAUCACAGAGGCAGAGACUUCCCCGCCUGCAGAAGUCGUUGCCUCGCCAUUUCUGUUAGUGCUCAAGAAGGGGCUCAUUUUAGCAGAGGUUUGUGGUCUUUGCCACAUGCAAAACUCCGCGCUCAUUUUCACUCUCCCACACGCAACAGAGAGGUAAAACUUUCCCUCCAGGGCUCCCUUCUGCCCCCACCACCGGCAUUGUCACAGCCCUGCCAGGCAGGUACGCGCAUGGCUGCUUCUGAUGCUUCACCCCGUGAGGGGAGCCAGAUCAGGCUCCUGGUCACAGGUGCUGGGAUCGGAGCACAGGGACCGCCUGCUUGUCCCUCCUGUAGUCAUGACGUUUGUCCCCUUCCCCCUUCCCUGGCUCCCAGAAAUGACUUGGCAGUACCAGGAGCUGCAGAAGCAGGUAGCAGCCCACAGCCAGCGCUUGGAGGCGAAGGUGAAGAGCCUGCAGGAGCAGCUUGCCGCCAGGCUCCGGGAGAGCCAGCAGACCCAGGAUGCCACCUAGGCAUUAGCGCAGAGGGACAGGACCAGCCAGCUGCAGGGCAGGCUGGAUGCCGUGGACAUGGAGUAUGAGAUCCUCCAUGUGAGUAGCCUGGACCUUGUGCUGGCCAAGAUGGCAGAGGCCAGCCAGCACUGGGAAGAAGUAGGAACAGCCGUUGCCAUAGAGUACAAGGAGCUCCUGAAGGAGUUCGGUCUCAGCCCCCUGGAGAUACAGUGCCCUGGGGCUCCCAGGACAGGCCAGGCUCUCAGCCCCUACCUCCCUGUCAGCACACCUGGAGAGCUUCCCACAUCCACUUCCCAGCGCCCCAGCUACCCGCGCUGGGUAAGAGAAGGCGGGUCCUGUCUGCCCCUGGGAUGCCCUGCUGUGUCACAGUCCUCUCCAUAA